AUGGAUGCUGCAAUUGUGAUUGCGGGGUUGUUUCACAACAUCGAUGUCAGGGACGUGAUCACUCUCACCUUUCCCGGCCGCUUCAUGUAUGCGGUGCUGGCGAAUCGCGCGUCCUGCGUGGUCUUUUGCAUAACCGCACACUUACUCCAAGCAAUCCACCUAUCCGUGGCGAGGCACGCCCAAGAUUCUCAAGCUGCAGGGUCGGGCGUCACCAUCCCAGAUUUGCUCGCCAUAUUUCUGGCGAUGUUUUGGGGCAUUUUGGCUGUUCGAAGGCUCCUGCUGGAGAAUGUGCUCCUGAGGGUGGACGUGCAGAAGCGGACUGUGGAGCUGGGGGCGGUCUCCUCCUUACUUGCUGCGUGCUACGAUGCAGUGCUAGAGGUGGAUCAAGGAUUAAGGCUCGCACACGAUUCGCCCCAGCUCUCUUCCAUGCUAUUGCGAACGCAAAGGGCGUCAGGUCUGUCUGAGGAGGUGUUGCCGAACUUGUUUCACGAGGAGGACAGGGCUCGCAUUUCGGAGCAAUUUCGGACUUCCACCAGCCAAUCUGCAACGGCGUUGAAUGCAGACAUACUGGACUCGGAUUUCAACCGUGUGAAGGUUGAGCUGGUAUGCGUGCAGUUCGACAACUUGACAAAUGACAGGUGCUUCCUGGUGGGUAUACGUGAGAUACAGGACUUUGAACGUGGUUCGCUUGCUGCAGCUCCAUUGCAUCCACCCACCAGCAGCGCUGCGGAUUUUUGCCUGGUUUUCGACUUGCAGUCGCUCGAAAUCCAAAUCAUGAGUGAUGGGAUGAAGCAGUUGUGCAAGUCGUUGCACCCGAGCGACAGCAUGCCGGAUGACAGCAUUCUGGACAUUGUAAGCCCGGAGAGCCACUUGUCUUUGCGCAGUCAACUGCAGCGCCUGAAGGAGUCAGACGAGGCGGCUGCUGUAACCUUAAAGCUGCUGGGAUUUGGCGAGCGGCAAGCGUCCGUGACCAGGGAGUACGACCAAUUUUUGGAGCGCUGGGUUGCCAACAUGUUUAUUCCCACGGCGACUUUGACUCAAUCCAACCUCCGAAGCAACAACCACAAGGAGGCCAAACAGCACCUGGCAGCUUUUCAGCUCCUUGAAAAGGUCCCUUGCCAUGAGCCGCACGGCAUGGACGGCCUCGGCACCAUCUCCCGGGAAGAAGCGGAGCAACGCAAUGGGCUCUAUCUGGGCGCCUCCAGGAGGAAAGGCAUGUGGGGAUCAAAGACGGACAGCGACAGCGAGGAUAGCGAAGAGCCUUGGUCCAAGCCAGCGGACCCGGCAGAGCACCUGCAGCCCGAGCUUCUGACUAGCAAGCCAGUGGCCAAAGUGGGGUUCAUCCAACGCUCUAUCUUCAAGGCGCUUCACGCGGACCUGGCGCUGCGGGCCACACUGGUGGCGGUCUUCUGCGCCGCCACCUACUCCCCAGCACUGCCCUUCCUGUGGCGUGGCCGGAUGGCCGGGGUGAGCCACGGGCGAAUUUUAAGAGGAGGUGGCUACGGUGGCCUUCAAUUUGCUGGGCCUGUGCGAGCGGACGGCGACAGUGUGACCAUUGAGCACGACGAAGUGUUGGAGUGUUGGGUUGCCGGCAUGGUGAUUCCCAAGGGCUUCACGGAAGCCGUGUUGCUGCCCGGCAUCUUGGCACUGGAGCUGGGUCUUCUGUUCAAGCUGAUCCAGCUGGUGGUCUCUUUCCUUCAAGCUGACAAACCGUCCCUUGGAUCCAUGCUGGCAUGUUGGAAGAAGGGGCGAGAGCAGUGGAACACAAUCACCAGGCAGUAUCUGGAGAAGGCUGCGGUUGGAAGUGAGAAGGAACUGGCCAGGAUGCGCUGCACCUGGACACGCAGGGCUUGGUGGGUGCUUCUGGCGAUAAACAUGCCCCGGUUGUUGUUGCGACAAGUGUGGCGAUCACAUGGGGACCAGACUCGGGAAGAGUUUGACCUUGGACUUCUUUGGGUAUGCACCAUGGGGCUGGUGAUAGCGUGGUGUCCACAAUUGAUCAAUUCCUGCAGCCAGGAUGUCUUGUACAUGAUGGCGGUCUUGGGCAUGGACGCUGCAGUUUUGAUGUCUGGUCUCUCCCACAGCAUCGAUGUCAUGUUCAUGAUCACUUUUUCCUUUCCCGGACGCUUCAUGUAUGCGGUGCUGGCGAAACGCGCGUCCUGCGUGGUCUUUUGCAUAACCGCACACUUUCUCCAAGCAAUCCACCUAUCCGUGGCGAGGCACGCCCAAGAUUCUCAAGCUGCAGGGUCGGACGUCACCAUCCCAGAUUUGCUCGCCGUAUUUCUGGCGAUGUUUUGGGGCAUUUUGGCCGUACGAAGGCUCCUGCUGGAGAAUGUGCUCCUGAGGGUGGACGUGCAGAAGCGGACCGUGGAGAUGGGGGCGGUCUCCUCCUUGCUUACUGCGUGCUACGAUGCAGUGCUGGAGGAUUCGCCCCAGCUCUCCUCCAUGCUAUUGCGAGCGCAAAGGGCGGGAGGUUUGUCUGGGGCAGUUUUGCUGGACUUCUUUUGCGAGGGGGACCGGGCUCGCGUUUCGGAUCAUUUUCGGAGUUCCACCGGCCAGUCUGCAGUGGCGUUGAAUGCUGACAUGUUGGACUCGGAUUUCAACCGUGUGAAGGUUGAGCUGAUAUGUGUGCAGUUCGACAACCUGACAAAUGACAGGAACUUCUUGGUGGGUGUACGUGAGAUGCAGGACUUGGAACGUGGUCCGUUGACAGCUCCAUUACAUCCAGCCACCUUCGAAGGGGGUGAGGACUUGGAACGUGGUCCGGUGACAGCUCAAUCUCAUCCAGCCACCUUCAGAGGGGAUGAAGAUUUGUUUGUGGUCUUCGAUGUGUACUCGCUCGAACUUCACAUUAUGAGCGAUGAAAUGCAGCGUCUUUGCCAACAGCUGCUGCCGGUGGGUGGGAACAUGCCGGAACAUAUCCUGGACAUCGCAAGCCCUGACACUCGGGUGACGUUGACCAAACAACUGCAACUCAUGGCCAACGAAUUUGCCGAGCGAGAGCAGCAGCAGAAGGAGGCAGACCAGGAGGUGGCUACAGUGACCUUCAAUUUGCUGGGCCUUGGCGAGCGCAGGGCGACAGUGACCAUUGAGCACGACCAAGUGUUGGAGUGUUGGGUUGCCUGCUUGGUGAUUCCCAAGGCAACUUUGACUGAAUCGAACCUCCGGAGUUUACCGGAGACUCAGCCACUUCAUGGACCUGAUCACGGACAUUUUCUGGAAAUGAGCUCAUCCUGGUCGCAGCGCUCAAAGUCCCAUCGCAGCUCCCGUUCGAGGCAUUCCAGCCGAUCCAGCCGGUCCGGUAGAAUACGUCUCCGUACUGAUCGAUCUGGAUCGAUCUCCCAGCUGCAUGUCACCAAGACCCCGCUGUGA